AUUAAAAGCGCGACAGCAAGUUUGCUUCAUUGUUAUUUGUGUGUAUGACACAAAGCGUGAUGCCUAAAGUAUGACAUGAGAACCGCUCCAUCCUAUUUUUCAAAAAUCACACCAAUCCACCCUAAUUUCCCCUUCCUUUCUCCCUCACUAUAAAGAAAUGAAAUCCUAACUCCAAUCAGAAACUAACCACACCCGCCCAUCUCUUCCUCACUCAUCUUCCUCUCUCACUUAUAAAAAAUGCACUCCUCCACCGCUCCGCCUCUUUUCCUCCUCCUCUUACUCAUCUCCUGCUCUUUUCCAUCCCACGAUGUGGUGUUGGCCGCCCUCGCCGGAGAAAACCCUUUUACUCCAAAGGGCUACGUAGUCCGUUACUGGAAGAAACAAAUCUCCAACAACUUGCCGGAACCAUCGUUCUUGCUCGACAAAGCCUCGCCGCUAACCGCCGCGGAAUAUGCCUCCUUCUGCAAACUCGUCAAUGAUCAAAACGCCCUUUCUACGCAUCUCCCUCUUUUCUGCACCAAAGCCAACCUCAUUUGCUUCCCCGAUUUAUCGCCAAGCCUGGAAAAACACAUGGACAAUGUCGACUUCGCCACGUACCUUAACAAGAAUUUCACUAACUACGGCGGGGACAGGCUCGGCGGUGUUGACUCUUUCAAGAAUUACUCCGACGGGGACAACGUAGUUUCAGACAAUUUCCGCCGCUACAGCCGUGACGCCGUCGGCCACAAUGAAAAGUUCACUAGCUACGCCACGGAAGUGAAUAUGGCAGACCAGAGCUUUAGCGGCUACGGCACUGCCUCCACUGGCGGCGACGGAGAAUUCAGCAACUAUAACCACGGCGUAAACGUGCCAAACCUCCGUUUCAACGAGUAUGCCGAUAACAGUAACGGACGGAAACAAAUUUUCACUGAAUACACCACAGAUAUCAAUGCUGGCGACCAGACAUUCACCAGCUACGGCAAGAACGGCAACGGCGCCACAAAUGAAUUCACCAACUACGGAAAAAAUUCCAACGUUAUGGGCUCCAAUUUCAAGAAUUACGGCGAGACUGGAAAUGGUGGCAAUGACACGUUCACUUCAUACGGGGACGAAACAAAUAACCCGCAGAACACAUUCAAGAAUUACGGCGCAGAAGGAAAUUCUGCCGUCGAGAGUUUCAAGAGUUACAGGAGUGAUUCUAAUGUCGGAGGGGAUGAUUUCCGAUCCUACGGAAAGCAAUCAAAUGCUGCCCAGAUGGAUUUCGCGACUUACGCGCAGGAUGUCACUGAUGGCAAUACUAAAUUUAGUGGGUACGGCGAAGAUGCCUCUGCCCAAACUGUCGAUUUCAAGCAAUAUGCUCUGAACACCACUUUCAAAGCCUAUGCAAAAGAAGGUGUCACAUUUGCUAGCUACACUAAUGAGAGCGCUGCCGCAGCUGCUUCCUUAGCAGCCAAGGGCAAAAAGGUAAAUAGGUGGGCAGUGGAGCCGGGGAAAUUUUUCAGAGAGGAGAUGUUGAAGAGUGGCAGUGUCAUGCCUAUGCCUGAUAUUAGGGACAAAAUGCCCAAAAGGUCGUUUUUGCCGCGGGCUAUUGUUACAAAAUUACCCUUUUCGACCUCCAAGAUUGAUGAACUAAAGAACAUUUUCCAUGCCGAGAAUGAUUCCAGCAUGACGAGCAUGCUGGUUAAUUCAUUAAACGAGUGUGAGAGGGCACCAAGCCCUGGUGAGACCAAGCGGUGUGUGGCCUCGAUCGAGGACAUGAUCGACUUUGCAACCUCCGUUCUUGGCCGGAAUGUAGCCGUCCGCACGACAGAGAAUACACAAGGGUCGAAUGGUAAUAUCACGAUCGGGCAGGUCAAAGGGAUCAACGGUGGGAACGUGACCAAAUCAGUGUCUUGUCAUCAGAGCCUAUUCCCGUACUUGGUAUACUACUGCCAUUCAGUUCCAAAAGUUCGGGUCUACGAAGCGGAUAUUUUGGAUGCGGAAUCCAAGGCCAGAAUAAACCAUGGUGUUGCCAUCUGUCAUUUGGAUACCUCAUCUUGGAGCCCGGGGCAUGGGGCCUUCAUUGCAUUGGGUUCAGGCCCCGGCAAGAUUGAGGUGUGCCAUUGGAUCUUUGAGAAUGAUAUGACUUGGACAGUGGCAGAUUAACGGUUCCGGGGGGGUGGACCCCACUUUAAGCAUGGAGUUGAUCCAAUUUGAUCAUUUCAGCACUCAGUUACCAUUUACUACUAGUUGGAUUUUUGUAGUUGAGAAGCAACAUAUGUAUGUGAAUGGCACCUGCUGCAGUAAUGCAGAGGGAUUUGAUCAACUAAACAGGCUUAAGCUACAUAUUCUAGCUGCUGUUCAAUGGAAAAAUGUAAAAAU